UAUGACAGAUUUAUUUGUUUUUAGUUUCAUUUACUAGUUCUCUAAUAAAUUAGUGGAUAUUUUUUAAUCAUGUGUGAUUUUUAGAUGUGAACUAACUAAAUAUACAAUUAAAUAAUGGCCAACACUGGAGUUUUACCCUUCGUCAGGGGGGUUGAUUUUACUAGAAAUGAUUUUAGUGGGGACAAAUUUCCUGAUGCAGUAGGUUCGAUGACAGGCGUUCAGUGGCUGAAACUAGAUCGAACAAACUUAGAAGAAAUACCUAAAGAAAUGGGAAAUUUACUGAAGUUGGAACAUCUAUCUUUAACAAGAAACAAUCUUGAAAAACUGUUUGGAGAGCUUACAGAACUGAAUUGUCUUAGGACCUUGAAUUUAAAACAUAACAAAGUUAAAAGUUCAGGAAUACCACCACAACUGUUCCACUUAGAGGAAUUGACUACUCUAGACUUGAGUCAUAAUAAUUUGAAAGAAGUCCCAGAGGAUUUGGAUAAAGCAAAAACUUUAUUAGUGUUGAAUUUGAGCCAUAACCACAUAGAAGCCAUUCCCAAUUCUCUCUUCAUCAACUUAACUGACCUUCUGUUUCUUGACUUGAGCCAUAAUAAACUUGAAACGCUGCCUCCUCAAACCAGACGACUAGCGAAUUUGCAAACAUUAAUUUUAAACGAUAAUCCAUUAGGUCACUUUCAGUUGAGGCAACUGCCAUCACUUUUGAAUAUUGAAACGUUACAAAUGAGAAACACUCAGAGGAAUCUAAAUAAUUUUCCAACCAAUUUAGACAGUCUAAUCAAUCUUUGUGAAGUUGAUUUGGCACAAAAUGCCCUUCCAAAGGUCCCAGAGGCAUUGUAUUGUUUGAUUAAUCUGAGAAGGCUGAAUUUGAGUGAAAAUGAAAUCAGUGAACUAUCAUCAGCUAUGGAAGUGUGGCAGAAACUAGAAACUCUGAAUUUAUCUCAUAAUAACAUUGCAAGUUUACCAGCAACCCUUUGCAAAUUGGUUUCAUUAAGGCGAUUUUAUGUUAAUGAUAAUCAACUUGACUUUGAAGGGAUUCCUUCUGGCAUAGGAAAAUUAGGAAACUUAGAGGUAUUUUCUGCCGCCAACAAUCACUUGGAAAUGAUUCCUGAAGGUCUUUGCAGAUGUGGAUCUUUGAAAAAAUUGAAUUUAAGCUCUAACCGUCUGAUAACUUUACCUGAUGCAAUACAUCUUUUGACUGACUUAGUGACACUAGAUUUGAGAAACAAUCCAGAACUUGUUAUGCCCCCAAAACCUGUUGAAACUACUAAAGGUUCUGGUGUAGAAUUUUACAACAUUGACUUUUCUUUGCAAAAUCAACUGAGGCUUGCUGGUGCUAGUGUACCUACUCCUGCACCUGUACAAAAUCCUAGCAAAGAUCCAAUAGCAAGAAAAAUGCGAUUAAGGAAGGGACGAAGAGAUCAUGAGGAAGCUGAUCAAGAUCAAGCAAAAAUUUUGAAGGGGAUGAAAGAUAUAGCAAAAGAAAAAAAUAGAAGUAUUCAAGAGGAUGAAAAGGUAGAAUCACUCAAGCCUAAAAGGUGGGACGAAACUUUGGAAAAACCUCCUUUGGAUUAUUCAGAAUUUUUUGAAGAUGAUGCAGGACAGGUUCCUGGUCUUACCAUUUGGGAGAUAGAAAACUUUUUGCCAAACCGUAUAGACGAAGUUGCUCAUGGAAAAUUCUAUGAGGGUGAUUGUUAUAUAGUUCUCAAAACAUUUUUGGAUGAAAAUCAGUCUCUCUCCUGGGAAAUAUUUUUUUGGAUUGGUGAAAAAGCCUCAUUAGAUAAGAAAGCUUGCUCAGCAAUACAUGCUGUGAACUUGAGGAAUUAUUUAGGUGCACAAUCCCGCACAACGAGGGAGGAACAAGGGGAAGAAUCUGAUGAAUUUCUAGGCCUUUUCGAUUCACACAUUACAUAUAUUGAAGGUGGAAGGACAUGUAGUGGCUUCUUCACUGUUGAGGACAUGAAUUUUGAAACACGACUUUAUAGAAUCCACCUAUCUGGUCCUUCGAUUCACUUAGAACCUGUACCCGUUUCAUCUGAUUCAUUGGAUCCAUGUUAUGUGUUUCUCUUAGAUGCUGGAAUGAAAAUUUUCUUAUGGAAUGGUAAGAAGGCCAAGAAUACCCUAAAAUCUAAAUCUAGGUUGAUGUGUGAAAAAAUGAAUAAAAAUGAAAGAAAAAACAAGGCUGAAAUUUUAUCAGAAAAUGCAGGUAAUGAGAGUAAGGAGUUUUGGCAGCAAUUAGGUCAACCAGAUGGAAUACCUCCUGAAGAACCACCACAGGAGCAUGUUGACCCAGAUUUUGUACCUGUUCCUCCUAGACUUUAUCAAAUACAGUUAGGAAUGGGGUAUUUGGAACUUCCCCAAGUGGAAGUACCUCAAGGAAAACUAGUGAAUACCCUAUUAAAUAGUAAAAAUGUAUAUAUACUAGACUGUUAUUUGGAUGUUUUUGUAUGGAUCGGUAAAAAGUCAACAAGAUUAGUCAACGCUGCUGCUGUAAAAUUAUCUGAAGAGUUAUUCAAUAUGAUCGAUAGACCUGAUUGUGCUAGGGUGUCACGUGUUCGAGAAGGAACAGAAUCACAGAUAUUCAAAUCCAAGUUCAUUGGUUGGGAUGAAGUGAUAGCAGUUGAUUUUACUAGAACAGCAGAAUCGGUUCAGAAAACAGGAGCUGAUUUAACUAAAUGGGCAAAAGAACAAGAAACUAAGACAGAUUUGACAGCCUUGUUCACACCAAGACAACCAUCAAUGUCUCUUAGUGAAGCUCAACAACUCAUGGAAGAGUGGAACGAGGAUUUAGAAGCCAUGGAAGCUUUGGUAUUGGAAGGAAAGAAGUUUGUUAGGUUACCUGAAGAAGAAUUAGGUAUUUUUCAUUCAAAGGACUGUUAUGUUUUCCUUUGUCGAUAUUGGGUUCCACAAGAUGAUGCAAGCAGUACUCCUGAAGACGAAAUGGAUGAUCUUCAAUGGGUGUGUUAUUUUUGGCAGGGCCGAGAUGCAUCCAACAUGGGUUGGCUGACUUUCACUUUUACACUACAAAAAAAAUUUAAGGCACUUUUCCAAGACAAAUUAGAGGUUGUGAGAACUUAUCAGCAACAAGAAAAUAUGAAAUUCAUGGCACAUUUCAAGAGGAAAUUUGUCAUAAAACAGGGAAAACGAAAUAAAAAAGCAGAUAAAAAUGCAGUAGAAUUUUAUCAUUUGAGGUCAAAUGGGAGUGCAUUAUAUACAAGACUUGUUCAGAUAAAACCGGAUGCCACGUUUUUGAAUUCUGCUUUCUGCUAUAUACUCAACGUUCCUUUUGAACAAGAAGAUGAUUCUGGAAUUGUUUAUGUUUGGAUUGGUUCAAAGUCUGAUCCAGAAGAGGCUAGAAUUAUUCAAGAAAUAGCGGAAGAACUUUUCAACAGUCCUUGGGUAACUCUGCAAGUUUUAUCAGAAGGCGAAGAACCGGAUAACUUUUUCUGGUUGGGUUUGGGUGGCAAAAAGCCUUACGACAAUGAUGCCACUUACAUGGAAUAUACCAGACUUUUCAGAUGUUCAAAUGAAAAAGGAUAUUUCAUUGUUUCAGAGAAGUGUUCAGAUUUUUGUCAGGAUGAUUUAGCUGAUGAUGAUAUCAUGAUUCUGGAUAAUGGAGAUCAGGUAUUUUUAUGGCUGGGUGCCAACUGUAGUGAAGUUGAAAUCAAAUUAGCCUAUAAAUCAGCUCAGGUGUACAUUCAACAUAUGAGAGCUAAACAACCAGACAGGCCUCGAAAACUGUUUUUAACUUUGAAAAACAAGGAAUCAAGAAGAUUUACGAAAUGUUUUCAUGGUUGGGGAGAACAUAAAAAGCCACCUGAAUGAGGUCCAACAAAAUUUCAAUGAAAAUGUUAUUUAUUUAAAGAGGAAUUUGAACUAGGUUUGCCAAUAAUGCAGAUUCAUGCCGAGUUCAAAGUUUUUUUACAGUAUUUAUACCUCCUAGUUCAUUUUCUUUUUGUACUUAGGUUUUAUAAAAAUAAAAUAUUGGAAAGUUCUAAAGAA